AUGAUGGUCCCUAGAGCCUUCCUCUUUAGCUCAGCACCGCCGCAGAAGCCCUUUCAGUCUGGCAUGAAGCCAUUUCCUUCUUCGGAUUAUCCCGACCUUCAUGGCCCCGCCACAAAGACCGAGACCCGCAGAUCAAACAGCACCACCCCGGUGGUAAUUCCCCCAAAACGAGGCUCGCGGAUGAUGUCAGGGCGUCAAGACAGUCGGUCUCGUACUCUUUCCAAAACAUCCGAAGCUUCUCGUCGAUCGUCUUCUAGUUCAUCUAGUGAACGCCACAUUCCUACGUCAUUCACCUCGAUGCUAGAUGCGACGGCCAUCCCCGUACCACGACGAAACUGGUCUACACGCAGGCCAAGGAAACUUCCUCGCGGCAACCAUGUCGAGGAUUUCAACCGGAUGCUGCGGGAAAAUGUCCGAGCCAAAGAUCAUUUCCUCGAUGGAACCAGCAACUCCCCUCUGGACAUCCUUCUCAGUCCACCUGAUGAAGACCACGACAAACUCAUCGGCAACGAAUCUGAGCAAGAAAGUCAGUUGUCGCUCAGAUCGAUAUCAAGUGAUUCGAUGCCCUCACUAGAACACGGCCUCGUAUCACCGUCCAGCCUGCCUCAGCCACCCACCCCGGGUAGCCAGAAAAGCCCACUGGAAAGGCGACAGCUUCGGUACUUCCAUUCCGAGGAGUGUGCCUCAGACCACCCUCUUCUCGAAACGGAACUUGAUGAAUGUGAAGUCAUCGAAAUCCAAGAGGAUGAUGAGCCUGUGGCUCCUGGUUCAGCCCCUACGAAGCGAUCUGCCUCGUUCGGAUCUUUUCCACGUUUCGGCUCUACAUUCAAGUCCAAUUUGACGGCAUCCUUACGGGCUAUUAAAUUCGCUGCGCACUCAGUCUCCACAUUUGCCACACCCUCCGUUCAACCAGAAGACUUCCUCACUCGGUCUCUCUUUACCAUUGCCCCGGAGUUGACUGAUGAUCGCCGCCCACUUCCGAUGCAGGAAACGCCAUCUCCAGCAUUGCGCAGAUACCUCAACCCAACCCCGAUGUCCCCGGCAGAGAUGCAUGUCUACCACGACCACCCUCACGAGACACUGGAGGCUGCCAGUGCAUGCUCCGUCUCUAUCCAAAUGCAGACCUAUCGCCGGACCGGCGGCCGCAGCCAUCGACGAAACAAUUUCCACAUCGCCAGCCGCGAUAAACGGUUCACAUUCGACCCGGAAGUCCCCCAAAUGUCACGCCAACGUGAACCUCGGGAAAACAGUAACUUCCUCCGCGUGGUCGUCCUGGAAAUGAACAUGCGUCGCUGCGGCAAACUCCGCGAUGACAUCCCUACUCGCGCUCGCAUCUGGCUUCCAGCCCGAAAAACCAACAAUCGCCUGUCAGGCCAAUACGAAGACUGUGACGACAAUGACACUGUUCCGUCUCGUUGGGUCGGUGUCUCAGCCUAG